GCCGAGGGCGUCCCGCGCAACAACUCCAAUAACCGGCACCUCAUCGGCGCGGUAACAGACCCAUUCGUUAUAGUUGAGUCUCUGUGAUACCUAUGUUGUGCGGUGAACUUUUGAACGGUGGCUUCGUGAGUGCGGGUGCGGUACCCGCGGUACCCUGUGGUCUCCUUGGCCUCUGGAUACCUGGCUGUGUGCGUGGAACGAGCCCGCGUUUACUUACGUCCCCCUAUUUGCCCCUGUUGGCUGAACUCCUUGCCGCUGGCUAUCUGGAGCAACGGCAUCUCGAGUGCCAGUCCAAUAUCGAGGACAUGGACCUCGUAACGCGCAAUCAGCAUUCAAAUACCAACGGACAAUCCUCAGAUCUCGAUCUUGACCUCGACAAUGACGAGAGUGCCUUCCUCGAGAACGGGCUCUUGUCCUUUGAAAAUCCCAACUACCAUCUGGAAUCAGCGCGUUUCGACGAUGCACUCAACAGUAAUGGCACUGGGAACUCGUUAUUCGACGAGUUCUAUCAGGAGUUGGUGGUAGGUGGUGGUAGAAGUGGUGAAGUUACAGGUGGAAGUGGUGGUGGUCGACACGCACGUAGAACCUACGCGGCACUCGACCUAGGUAGCAUGGGUGUUGAUGUUACACAGGGACCUCUGACACAGGAGCCAGUGAGUGCAGAGACACCAGACAAUACAGCGAAUCACAAUCUUGGGUAUGGCAGCGAGGGUGCGGAGAUAGCGGAGUCGGCGCUGGUUGACGACAGUCUCAAUGGGAAUCCUACUCCACCGUCAUCGGCACUGCCCAAACCAUCCGCGACCCUCGAUGCCGCUAGUUCAGACCACAACGUCAGAAAUUACUGCGAGAAAGCUGAUAACGAGCCAACAGACAUGGGCGGGGUACCCCACGUUGAGGAGUCCCUAAACAGUGACAUCUACGCGAUUCCCGUGAAGAGGCGUCAGCCAAAGGAGCCGAAAAAUGUCAGUCCCUCUCAGAACACAACCGACAAGAUCAUCGACGGCAGGGACUCGGAGACGAAGGACGAGAAUCUUCCAGCCGGAUGGGAGAAACACGAGGACAAGGAUGGUCCCUACUACUGGCACAUCAAGAGUGGGACCAUACAGAGAGAACCACCUGAAGUACCGCUGAAUUCGAAAAUUGAGAAUCGCAAGAGUUUUGUUAAAGAUCAGGACAGUAUCACCAAUUUUCACUCACUGGGUAGCAUGGUAAACACAGUAACCAGAAGUAACACAAGUUCAGCCUUAGACCAGGAAGUGGAGAACAAACGGAAAGAGGAAUUGGCAUUGAAGAGAAGGAGUUACCCAGCCAGGGCGGACUCUGAAGGCCGUGACAAACCGAUUAGGUUUGCGGUGAGAUCCCUCGGAUGGACGGAAAUAGCUGAGGAAGAUUUGACACCGGAGAGGAGUAGCAAGGCUGUUAACAAGUGUAUCGUUGAUCUGUCACUGGGGAGAAACGAUCUCUUAGAUGUUGUGGGACGUUGGGGAGAUGGGAAGGAUCUGUUCAUGGAUCUUGAUGAGGGUGCACUCAAGCUGAUUGAUCCUGAGAAUCUUACGGUGCUUAAUACUCAACCUAUUCAUACGUUGAGGGUAUGGGGAGUUGGAAGAGAUCACGGACGUGAAAGGGACUUCGCGUACGUAGCGAGAGACAGAUCGACCCGAAAAUUCAUGUGUCACGUAUUCAGAUGCGACAUCCCAGCCCGCACAAUCGCCAAUACCUUGCGUGACAUCUGCAAGAAGAUAAUGAUCGAACGCUCCCUCCACCAGAAUCUCGCGAAGCCGGUGGAUAUCAAUGGGAGAACGAGCCUCGCAACAAGACCAACAAAUUUACCUACGGAACAUCGUCGGUUUCACAGGAACGAUCAACCUCUUGUCACACAAUCAUUUCCAACCCCAAUGGAGGAGCCAAAAAAGGUUCUCCGCGCCCAGUACCUCGGCUCAAUGCAAGUGACGGCAGCCUCAGGAAUGGAGGUCCUCAACGACGCGAUAGACCAUACUGUUACAAACACACCCAUCAAUCAGUGGCGAAACGUCAACGUUGCGGUUGCACCCAGCAUGAUCUCUAUACUGACACCAAACGACGACAAACUGAUAACUGAGUGUCGUGUUCGCUACCUGUCUUUCCUCGGAAUUGGCAGAAAUGUUAAACAGUGUGCAUUCAUAAUGCACACGGCACAGGAUCUCUUCAUAGCACAUAUAUUCAAUUGUGAGCCCAGCAGUGGAGCACUUUGUAAAACAAUUGAGGCUGCCUGUAAAUUGAGGUAUCAGAAGUGUCUCGAUGCUCAUCCACAGGGUUUCAGAAAUUCUAGUAGUCUCAGUACACCGAGUGGACGGGGAAUUGGUGCUACGUUGAAAUCACUUGUGGGAUCACUUACAGGGAGAAGAAAUAAGCAGGGUGAAUCCUGAGACGAGGCUCUCUCGCUGCAGUCAAUGGAUUCAGGAGCUGUGGCCACUGCCUGCCGAGCGAGAGGUGAUACGACACAGGCAUCUCCAAUCCCCGUUGACACUUAAAUACUUCGGGGGUUCCCCGCCGAGCGCCUCACUGAGGUCCCUGCUAUCGCCCUCGUUGGACACGAGACGCAUUCAGCUUGCCCGCUGGGAGUCCAAUCCCUAGAGGACAGCCAUCCUCCCAUUCGCGCAGGUAGAAUGCCGCAAAGAUUAUUAAUCGUUAGUCAAGGAUGAAGGUACCAGUGAGAACACUGUCGAGAGAUUGGGUGACUCCGUUGAUCCCCAGACAAAAUAAGCGAGAAAUCCACCAAAAAAAUUAUGAACCAGGCAAAUUUAACCAGAAAAAUAAAACAGAUGAACCAAAAUAAAACGUCACGCUUCAGGCGAUAAUUCGCAUCGACGCUGCAAAUAAUUAAAGUAAAUAAAUUAAUGAAAAAAAAAAUGUGUAAACGCCACGAUUCCAAUCGGUGGGAUCAUGCUUAUACGUAUUGUCGAUAUGAUGUUUCUAUGUAAUGUCUUCGAACUUUUCGUAUGGCGCCCAAUCAAGUGUUGCUUGUCCUAAAGAAUUAAAAAAAAAUGCGUCUCUUUCUCGACUCUGGUAAUAAAAGAAUUAGAUAGUUAACGUUGCUAAAUUUAUCAGAGUGAAUAUGUUUUGCUAAAAAUGAAAGAUAAAGAUGAAUAAUCCUGUAUAUAGUUCAAUGAUUGUACUGAAUCUAUAGGCGUUUUUGCAGGGGGGGGGGUGAUGUGUGAGAGAUGAGAUGUAACGGAUGAUAAUGUGGUUAUUACGCUGCGAGACUGUCGUACGGGGCAUUUCAAGGAGCUAUAGAGGAGCUUAUCGUAAUAUAAUAUAUGUAUUCCCAGUGUACAGACUCUAAGAGGAUGCUUUCAUGCUGAAUGGAGAAAGAAUGAUACAUCAGGACUCUUGACACAUACACGCACGGAGGAAAUGAUUUAAUAGAGGAACCUAUGGAACUUUUUCCACUAACGAAAAAGUUUCGGAGGUAAGCCUAGAGAAUUUGCUUCAGAAUUCUGCAAGAAUUUUUUUCUAUUGAAUUUCUAGUGGAAAUUCUGGUAGUUUUCCAUCGAUUCGUGCAUUUUUUUAAUUGAAAGGUGGGGAUUUUAAAGGGAAUUGAAUUUCCCACAAGUGAAUUACUGAAAGGUUCUUUUCCGAAUAAAUACAAUGAGUCCAGAAAUUUAUGAUUCACUGGUAGAAAAUUACUCUUGAAAUUUCGAGUGAAAAAGCUUGAAAUUUUUAAC